AAAGCCUUGCCGAAUUUGAACAAUUUAUAAAAGGCUACAAGUUUUUAGAUAUAAAUUUUGCCUUUCAUGGCUUGACUGAAAACCCGCAAGCCAGACCAAAACGACUAUGUGAGCGCAACAUAACGCGCUCCUUCCAGUAUGCAGUUUUUUAACCAGGACACAAAAGGCGUAAUUUCAGCUCUGAAUAUCUAAAAGCUUGUUGCCCUUUUGCAGAUUGUUUCAAUUCGAUAGUACCCUAACAAUGGUUUGCUUAACUACAAUUGCAACAUAGCCCCAAACAGUUAAUUUACAGAUUUUCGUUAAUUAGUCAACAUACUAGUGAUGUUUCUCAAAGGCUUGAUAAGCCGAGUGCAGUAAUGCAGUGAGAAUAGCACCCAGACAAUCCGUCACCUGAUUUUCUUUCUAAAAUUUCAUUUAAGAAACUGCAUAAUUGAGUUUUACACAAAAAUUACUAAUUUUCUAUAUAAUUUGCUGUGAUUGAAAACAUAAAUUGUAUUGGAAGAAAUCCUUAUUGCAAUUAUAUACUAAAUUUUUCUUUGGCAGAGCAAAGAAAUGUUGGUGUAAAUUACAAUUAUUAUUUUGACAAGAGUGUCCAUGAAAAUGUGACCGCCAAUGAAAUCAAAAGAUGCUGGAGCUUUCCCUACAUGGUGCUUGUAAUAGUGCAGGCUCAGCAGAAAUUGAAUCGUACAAGAGAAGCAACAGCAAAGAUGAAGCAAAUAAUUUCAGAAAAGUUGUCUCAGAAGCGCAAGAACCCACUUUUCCCAGAGGCUCGGAGUGCCAAGCAUGCCAGUUGUACGACGAUCUCCAUCAGAAGUAUCUUGCCCUAAAAAAAACUACAAGGGAACUUAAGGAAGACGUUGAAAAGAUGCGGACAAGAGAGGCCAAAAACACAGACAUUCUGGAUGUGAUUCUUGAGGGUGUAAACAGCAUCAAAUCAAAGCUCGAGAGCACUGGAGCAGGAUGCUCAAUAAAUGCAAACACCAAGCAUGAUAUCGUGAAGAAGGCUAAACUCAGAACUGACGGAAGAACGGUCUGUGUAAAUGACAGUGUUACCCUUAGUUUGGACCAAUGGGUCGCCUGUCAGCGACAAAAAAAAGAGUCCAAGUUUGUGAGGAGUCUGGCUACUGCCAUAUGGGGACGCAAUAUUUUGAAAAAUCGAUCUACGAGUGGCAAGGUGUCUAACCGUUUGAUAAAUGAUGGAGGUGCUGCGAAGCCACCACUGACUCCAACAAAACUUAAUGUGCUAGAAGCAUGCUAUGAGGACUGGCUACGUGAACAUGGCGCCAGUGGCGAUGUGUUGGCUGAGCGGAUGGCAGCAAUGACCACACACAUAUACAGCGCCGUACGUGACCUGGGCCGUGACGUGCGGCAUGCGCUAGGUACUGACCAAGAAUAA